UCACAAAAAGUCUCAUGUUAACCGAUUAUACGCCGCAGACGCAUAAAUGCGUCAUGUCGCUAUGAUGCCAUAGACGCAUUUCUGCGGCAGCUGCAGUUGAACGUCUUCUUUUUGCAAGAUCUCGAAAGGAGGAGGACCUACUGCUUGCUAGAGCACUGCAAACGGCCGAGCGCUAGCUAAGAAUGACCAAGAGACAGCACUUCACUGUGGAGGAGGUACUUGGCGAUAUAUUGUCCGAUGAUGAGGAGGACCCAGAAGAACCUAUGCAGGAAGGUAGUGACUAUGAAUUUUCAGACCUUGAGUCGGACAACGACGAAUAUGAUGAUACGAGUGACUCAGGCCUAGACCCACCACCCCAACCCCCCUCUCAACCACCCCACCAACCCCCCUCUCAACCACCACACCAACCCCCCUCUCAACCACCACCCCAACCCCCCUCUCAACCACCACAUCAACCCCCCUCUCAACCACCCCAUCAACCCCCCUCUCAACCACACCAGCCACCGCCACCACUCCCUCCAGGUGCAAAUAUUACCCAAUGGUCUGAGAACCUGACGACUGUCACAGUAAACGACUUUACAUCCCUGACCGGUCCCACUGUAGAGAUCUCUGAUUGCCCGCUACACAUUUUUCACCUCUUCGUCAACGAAGAACUACAGGAGAAAAUAGUGGCUGGGAGCAAUAGAUACGCCAGGGAGGUUAUGGGAUGA